UUCAACCCUAACACGCAAACUUCAUUUUUCACGUGAGUGAUUAUUUAAAUGAGUGAUUAUUUAAAUGAAUUCGUAUUGUUCACAUGUUUGAGAUUAAAGAAAAAGUAAUCAACAUGUAGCUAAUUGUGUUAGGAUGGGAAAUUGUUGUAGAUUUCAUUCAAAAGCGGAUGCAGAAAAAGAUACAAAAAAAAUUGUAGGUGUACAAAAUGAUGCAGCAAGUAUUUGUGAUGAACAAACAACACCUAUUGGAAUAACACCUUUCAUUUCCAAUGUUCAGCCUAGAUUAGAAUCCCCACCUCCCACACCCCCAUUUCCAGAUAAUACAGCUAAAGUUGUUGUUGCAGUUUAUGAUUAUGAUGCAAGAUUAGAUGACGAUUUAACAUUUGUAAAAGGUGAUUUGCUUGAAAUUAGAGAAGACACUACAGAUUGGUGGUAUGCUCGAUCAAGAAAAAAUGGAAAAAAAGGUUACAUCCCAGGCAAUUAUGUUGCUCCAAUACAGACAUUAGAAGCUGAACCGUGGUACUUUGGUGACAUAAAGCGACAUGAUGCAGAAAAACUAUUAAUGCAAAUUGGAAGCCAAGAUGGUUCUUUUUUAAUACGAAAAAGUGAAAAUAAGAAUGGACAAGUGUCAAACUGUUUUGCAUUGUCUGUUCGUGAUAAAGAGUUAAUACGUCAUUAUCGUAUUAAAAUCACUGACAGUGGAAAAUAUUUUAUUUCUUUAUCAAAAGAGUUCAGCACCUUAAAUGAACUAAUAGAGUUUUAUAAAAUAUCCUCUGAUGGAUUAAAGAUAAAGCUGUUAGAACCUUGCAGAAAGAAACAAGUUCAAACAUUUGGUUUAUCUCAUAAAGAUAAAUGGGAAAUCUCAAGAGAUUCAUUGGAAUUUCAAAGUCGUGUUGGGUCAGGGCAAUUUGGUGAUGUAUACAAAGGAGUAUGGAAUAGUAAAAUACCUGUUGCUAUCAAAUCAUUAAAACCAGGAUACAUGGAUAAAAAACAAUUUCUAGCUGAAGCUAAUUUAAUGAAACAAUUAAGACAUCCUAAACUGGUUCAACUCUAUGCAGUUGUUACCAUUGAAGAACCAUUAUUGAUUGUUACUGAAUUUAUGAGUAAUGGCUCUUUGCUUGAAUUUCUACGACAUAAUGAAAGUAAAAAGUUACUGUUUAAAGAACUUAUUGAUAUAUGUGCAGAAGUUGCCCAAGGAAUGGCAUUCCUAGAACUAAAAAGUUUUAUACAUCGUGAUCUUGCUGCACGAAAUAUACUUGUUGGAGAACACAAUCUGGUGAAAAUUGCAGAUUUUGGUUUAUCACGUUGUGUAAUUGAUGGUGAUGGUGAAUACAGUGCUUUGCAAGCGUCUCAUUUGCCAAUCAAAUGGACGGCUCCAGAAUCAUGUUUGUACAAUCGUUUUACAAUAAAAUCAGAUGUUUGGUCUUUUGGUAUUUUAAUGUAUGAAAUCGUUACAUACGGUAGAACACCAUAUUCUGGUAUGACAAACACUCAAGCACUCCAGAAAGUUCAAAACGGAUAUCGUCUUCCUUGUCCUGAUGGAUGCCCAAUAGAGUUUUACAAUAUAAUGCUAGACACGUGGAAUGAUAUUCCUGAAAAUAGACCUUCAUUUGAAACUUUGCAGUGGAUUUUAGAAGAUUGGUUUCAAGAAAAUAGAUACUUAAACACAAAUAAUUUAUAAUAUACACUUUGCUAGAUGAGAUAAAAGAUGAAGAUCUUUGAAAGAUGAGAUGUCUUCAAAUUUCUAUGAUCUACUGGUUUAUUUUAAACAAAUAUGGUUAUUGUUAUUAUAUGAACGUUAGUAUGUCAUUUUUCUUUGAUUUUUAUGCGAAAGUGAGUAUAUAUUGUAUACAAAGAAGGUUGUAACUGUUCUAACUAAAGUCCCUGGUAGUAUUUUGCUCAACCUGUUUUUCUGUAAUGCAGUGUUGCAUACUAAAAUUAAUAUUUUAGUAUUAUAGGAAUAAUGAGAGAGUAAAAACGAGAAAAAAUCCAUAGGCUUAGGGCCUAGGAAAAUUUUUUUCACACUCAUUGUUUCUAUAAGCUUUUAAAAAUUGGUGUAUUGUGAAUUGUGAAUUUGUGGUUGUUAAUUUUUAUUGAGAUAGGAAACGAAAAACAAUGAAAGACUUCGUUUGAAUUAUUUUUUUAAUGGCCACAGGGGUUAAAAAAAAAUUAACAAAGAUAUUAUAUUUUUUUUAAUUAUAAAAGUUAAUUAUAGUGAAUCGGUGCAAAUUGAAUUUUGUUAUUUCCAGUUAUUUCCAUUAAUUCAUCGUAGUAACUUAUUAAACAUUUUUCAAAAUUGUGUUAUUUGUAUUUUUAUAGUUUUCUGCCAUAUGAAUUAUGUAAAUUAAAAAAAUGAUAUAGAAUGUAUUAAUUAGAUAUAUUAUUAUGAAUUAAAUUAUAUUUUUCUAAAUAAUUUCUCAAUAUAUUUUUAUCAAAUAAAAAUAUUUUAAUUUCUAUAUUGUUUUCUUGGGUUUGGAGAUUUAUUAUCUGAAACUUUUUUUCUUUGAAAAUAAUUUUUUAAUGUUUUUUACUUCUUUAAAAAUGAUUUUUUAAUGUUUUAAGUUCUGAAAAGGAUUUUUAGUAAAUAUAUUUUUAGAAUUAACCAACAAAUUUAAAAGCGUUCAAAAGAUUUUCUUGACUAAAUAUUUUGAAGUAUGAUUUUUGUAAUUUUAUUUGUUUUAGAAUAGAAUAAUAAAAUUUAGAAUAAGAUUUCAUUUUUAUAAUUAAAAAUUUUUUUGAUCUCGGCUUUGUUUUAUAGUGAAGUGCUUAAUCAAGGAACAGAUAUUUUAUUCUCUAGUAUUAACCAAUUGUACAAUUUAUUCUAGUUUCCUUGUAUUAUUUUUCUUCACAGAUUUGUGAAUUCCUUUUUUUUUUUAAAGAUUUUAAUUUUAGUUAUAAAAUUAUAAGCUUUUCUAUAUUUCUCUAUAUACUUCUAAUUUUUUUAUAUUUUUGAAACAAAUUAACAAAAAAAAUUAAACGUUAUUUUGUCAAAAUAUGUCGUGUAAAUUUUAACUAGAAAUAAUUUUGAAAUACUGUACAAUUGAGAAUUAAAA